AUGACUGGAAGUCUACAGGAGAGCUUGUCUUUGCCAAAGAAAUUCACUGGGGAUAGAGAAAAAGUCAAUUUCAUCAGUUUUGUCAAACUCAGCUAUGACAAUAAACGAUAUGUCCAGACAGCGAGUGACCCAGGGGAUAACUCUUCAAGCUUCCACCAAACACAGAUUGAUGUUCAGGCUGAGCUCAUCAUUCCUCCACAAACAGAGCUGAUAAUGGGGACAGGAAUUGGAGGAGGACUCUUUCUCCUGAUCAUUAUCACAAUGGCCAUGUAUAUGCUGGGAUGUUUCAAGAGAAAAUGGCCUGUUGAUAAUGAACAGGAAGAUGGGAAAGAAGGGGGAACAGUGUGAGCAAGAGCUACAGCCUGAGAGUGGAGCAGUGGAGUCAAACCUCCUCCUUGAAGACAGUCAAACAGAAAACAAUGGCUUCCCCAUUAGUGAGGUGGUAGGGGCGGGACCAAAA